UCUAGCCUCGUCAAUAGAUGACAUCACGAGAUCCUAGGGUCCAAGCGGGCUGGUAGCCUCGCCUUAGCGCACAGCCUCGUCCCAAAAUCACAAAAAUUACUGGCUUCCAACCCAAACUCCAAACUUCUACAACUCGCCCAAUAUCGCUAUGAAGCCAUGGAGGACGCAAAAAUAGCAGCCUCUCUCGACGCCAUGUCCCUUUUCCGACCCCCUAUCGUCCGCUCGGCGAGCGCAGCUCUCGACCGAGCGCUCUUCUCCAAGACGAUCCCUAUUGCUGCCGCGCGAGUUCCGAAUCUAAAGAAUUUGACGAAAUAUCGCCAGCAGUUGGACAAGAGCAAAGAGUUAAUCCAGCUCGAAAGGGUUAUGAAUGUACGACCUGAUCCGGAUCCAGUUUUGGCGGAGAAGGGUGGGAAGUGCUUGCUUUUGAAGCCGGAGGUUAAGCCUGAAGAUCCUAAUACAUGGAGUUCUAGUUUGAAGGAAGCUGUGAACGGAGAGGAUCUAGGAGUCAUACCAUAUGAUUUGAAGCUGGACUACAAUUAUUGGACAUAUCGUACGUACGUGAGCGAUUGCAAGAGGUAUCAGUGUGUCGGACUGACUGCUGCCAGAUGAUGUUAUGACAUCUAUACUUCCCGAAGAUGCUCAAGGAGAAAUUCCUGUUGGAUUCGCAAUCGUUGGACAUAUUGCACAUCUAAAUUUACGAGAUGAAUACCUUCCAUAUAAGAAAAUCAUCGCCGAAGUCUUGGUAGACAAAAACCCCACAAUUCGCACCGUAAUAAACAAAGUCGACGACGUUGGCACACACUCCGAGUUUCGUACUUUCGCAUACGAAGUGCUCGCCGGCCCAGACGACAUGGAAGUUGAGAUGAGCGAAGGAGACUGCAUAUUCAAAUUUAACUAUUCGCAAGUGUACUGGAAUAGCAGACUGCAAACCGAGCAUAAGCGACUAGUAGAUUCUUUCCAACCAGGAGAAGUGGUCUGUGAUGUUAUGGCUGGAGUUGGGCCAUUUGCUAUUCCAGCUGGGAAGAAAGGUGUUUUUGUUUGGGCAAAUGAUCUGAAUCCGGCAAGUUAUGAGGCUAUGAAGGCGGCAGUUGUGAGGAAUAAGGUCCAACCCUUCGUCCGCCCCUUCUGUGCCGACGGCUACAAAUUCAUCUACACCUGCGCGGAUGAUCUCCUAAACCUCACAGCCACCUCUCAAAACACCAUCAGCAUCCCCUCCAAAACCCGACGCUCCCGCUCCGCACCACUCAUCCCACCCCCUUCACCCACCAUUCUCACCAUCCCCCAAACAAUCUCUCAUUUCGUCAUGAACCUCCCCGCCACAGCAAUCGAUUUCGUCGGAUCUUUCAACGGGUUAUACAAUGGUCACGAGAAGCUUUUUGAGCCGCAUACGGAAGUGAGGUUGCCGAUGGUGCAUGUCCAUUGUUUUUCGACCAAGAGCGAGGAUAAUGUUAAGGAGGGGAAGGAGAUUUGUGAGAGGAUUAGUGGGGUGCUUGGGUGGGUUGUUAAGCCUGAGGAGAAGAAGGAGGAGGAGAAGAAGAAGGGUGAGGAGGGGAAGGGGAUGGAGAAGGGAAAGGGGAAGGAUGAAGGGAAGGAGAAGAAGAGUGAGAGCUAUGAGGGGUUGCAGGAUGGGGAGGUGAGGAUCGUGGAGGUUAGGGAUGUGGCGCCGAAGAAGAGGAUGUUUUGUGCGAGUUUUAGGAUUCCGAGGGAGGUGGCGUUUAGGGAGAGGAAGGUCGUUUAGAGGCUUGGCUUGAGCUUUACGUAGACAAACACUGGAUAGCGAUAUCCUGGAUCCAAAGAUCUGGAUACAAAAACCUUCGAGAAUGAAGACCCUGAUUCACGAAUACUACCAGAAACUCGCUAGAGCAAGUGAAUAGACAUAAAAUACUUGCCAUUACUUGCAUCUAUCACUUUAGGGAGCAAUUCCUACAGAUGACAAUCCCCCUCCAAUACACUUCACACCUUACACACAACCCAAAUCCUCAAAUCCUCGCGCAAGCAGUAGGUACAAAAGCUGACCUCUCUCUCGCCCAAGCAAUCCUCUCUUCAAAGCAAAAGACCUAAACUCUAUCAAUUAUCACCUACGUCCAAAACAGGGCGAGCUCUC